AAUAAAAGAAUUAGUGAUAAACUAUCUGUUUUUACGGGGGAAUUGGUAGCAAUUUAUAUGGCAGUUAACUGGAUAGAGGAAAACAAAGCUAGGAAAGUAGUCGUGUGCUCGGACUCCAGCAGUGCAUUGACGAGCAUAAAAAACAUAACAUCAGAAACAAGACUAGAUAUAGUUUAUGAAAUAGUUCAGGCAAUCUACAGAAUAAGUAAAGCGGGAGGUGUGGUAACAUUUCUCUGGGUUCCUGCUCAUGUAGGAGUUGAGGGAAAUGAGUUAGCUGAUAGAUACGCAAAACAAGCAACCACUAAAACAGAAGUAAACAUGGAGAUUAAGCACAGUAAAGAAGAAGUGAAGAGCAUAAUUAAGAUAGAACACAAUAAAAAGUGGCAGGAUAAUUGGAAUAAGGAAACAAAAGGUAGAGAGUUUUACAAAGUCCAGAGAAAAGUAGGUGUAAUGAGAGGAGGGGGUAGAAAUAGGAAGGAAGAAGACAUUAUUACUAGAAUGAGAUUAGGACAUACAUAUCUAAAUAGUUCACUAAAAUUGAUAGGCAAACAUACUACAGGGCUGUGUGAUUUUUGCCACCAGAUAGAAAAUGUUGACCAUGUCUUAAUACAAUGUAGGAAAUAUAAUAGAGAAAGAGAAAUACUGGAAAAUAAGUUAGCAAAAGAAAAUAUUAGGUUAGAAGUGGGAGAUAUAUUAGGAUUGCAUUCAGAAAACAUAGGAUAUAAAGCAAUAUACACAUAUUUAAAAAACACUGGGUUAAGUAAAAGAAUAUAGAGUAGGGAUCCACCUCGGUCCACACUCCAUUACAGUAGGUGGCGGUAAUGCACACCAGAAGGUUGCUUGCCAACCGCCAUAAAAACAAAAGAAGAAGAAGAAGAAGAACAUCAGUAGAAUAUAACUUGCUGCUACAUGAAUUCCAGAACUACACAGCAAAGCAGAAAGACUUCUAAGGCUCCUACAUCUCAUCGCCAUAUUCCUUCCAUGGACUGCAGUGAGCAAGAUCGAGGGAAAGAAAUGGACCAGCACAUGUUCAGGCUUCAAGACAUGUUGAAGUGGGAACAGGCCAAAAAUUCCCGUCUGCAGCUGAGGUGUAAGCAGCAGGAAGCAGAGCUGAAGCGCAGAGAGCAGCAGAGCAACCGAAUGAAAGAACGACUGACUCGGCUAAAUGACGGACAGGACAAAGGACAGCACAUCCAGCUGUUGAACUUUCUACGUGGCGGUCGAGGCAGCAAGGAGCAGUCGAUCGAAGCAAUUAAACAAGAGGAAGCGAUGCUGCUUCUGAUGCUGGAGCGCAGAGAAGCAGAACUACGAGAGGCCAUGAAGCUGCGACACAGCACCACCACCUUGCUGCACGCCAUCCGACUAGACAUGGAGCAAACCUUGUCAAACGUUCAGAAUGCUGAGUAUGAAUUCCUUAAUGAAGACAAAAGGUUAAUUCAAGCCGAGUCAGCACUUGGUGACCAUGUGACGGGAGGUGUGCUUCAAAGUUGGAAACAAGUGCAGAGGAAACUGAGGGAUCUUCUGACUGAAGGAGGACCCAAGUUUGAACCUUGUUUUGGUGGAAUGGAAGCAGAGGCUGGACCAGGAGGACACGCUGGUGUUAGCACUGAUCAGGACAAACUGCUGACUCGGCUGCAUGCAGAACUCAAAGAAAGUCAACAGAUUAUCAUACUACAACAGCAGAUUCUGCAGGACAGUCUUCCAUCGUUGGGCCCGUCCGAGCUGACUGAUUCUUACUACUUGGAAGAGUGGGAGCGACUUCAAGCGCGUUGGGCGGAGUUUAAACAUCAGAAGCAGACUUUUGAGAGGGAGAGGCAGUCCUUCACUGACGCCGCCAUACGCUUAAGCCGUGAACGUCGGGACUUUGAGCAUCAGAAGGCGUUGAUACUGAAGCAACAAUAUCUACGUUGCUGCACGCAGAAAGUAAAUAAACUUAUCAGUGGGCACCCUCCUUCACCGGCGUUUCAAUGAUAGGCCCACGACACCUCCAGAGGGCUCAUCGGCAACACCUGGCAUCCCAGGUGAGCCCCCCUCUGCUUUUAACCAUUAUGUGAUGUAGGUCUUACUACAUCCCCAGAUAGUGUCUCUCCUCUUCACCCACAGCCAUUUAUUGUAUUGGAGUGUGGGUGCACAGCCUCAUAACCUAAGUAAGUUUCCCAGAAAAAAUAAGACCAUUAUUACUUUUGAGUAAUUUGGUCACUGUGUUAAGGCUGAAAUAUACUCGUCAUUUUCUUGCAUCUGUCUGACGGCGUUUUGUUUGAUUUAUAGUUCUUCCGAGGGGGAUGGCACCAGUCUUGUAAUUAUUUUCCAAGACUCUAAGGGUCAGUAUCUCCUGAUGGAGCACCUGCAGCUGUCGUUAACUAGAUAUUGUAAGGGCCAAAAGUUUGGACACACCUUCACAUUCAAUGCGUUUUCUUUAUUUUCAUGACUAUUUACAUCGUAGAUUUUCCCUGAAAGCAUCAAAACCAUACUUGCCAACCCUCCCGAUUUUGCCCGGGAGACUCCCGAACUUCAGUGCCCCUCCUGAAAAUCUCCCGGGGCAAUCAUUCUCCCGAUUUCCACCCGGACAACCAUAUUGGGGGCGUGCCUUAAAGGCACUGCCUUUAGCGUCCUCACCGGAAACGGAGAUUAUUAUACAUGUCUCCGUUAUCCAUAGGUUUAUCUAUAACCCAUAAAGUAGUCAGGCACGGCGCUAUUUCUCAGCGUGUGUUUAUUUCAGCCGGCACGUUAAUACACUGACACACAUCCGGAUUCCCAUAAUGCAUUGCUUCAAAAUUACAGCAAGUAGUAAUGUCCAAAAACAUAACAGAGACGAAGCAGAAAAAUGAAGAGACAUGGCGAUGACGAGUAAGAAGUACGAUUGCAAGUUCCAAAAUGAAAAAUAUACACGCGCCCCCCCCCCCCCCAUCUCCCGAAUUCGGAGGUCUCAAGGUUAGCAAGUAUAAUCAAAACUAUGAAUGUACGCAUGUGGAGUUAUGUACUUAACAAAAAAAGGUGAAAUAACCAAACAUGUUAUAUAUUCUAAUUUCUUCAAAAUAACCACACUCUUGGCAUUCUCUUGAUGAGCUUCAAAAGGUCGUCACCUAAAAUUAUUUUCACUUCACAGGUGUGCCUUUUUCAGGGUUGAGUGAAAUUUCUUGCCUUGUCAAUGGGGUUGGGACCAUCAGUUGUAUUGUGAAUAAGGUGUGUCCAAACUUUUGGCCUGUACUGUAAUUUAAUUAAUUACAGUACAGACUAAUUUGAAGAGUAAUGGGAACUGCAACAUCGACGUAUUUGUCUUCAUUGGAAGUAAUCAUUCAGAAACAUCAGUUGACUUUAAAUGGACAUUUUUACCAAUAAACCAGAAGAAAAUACCAUCUUGAAGAUGGACUGUACAACAUCCAAACGAGUCUCUACAGAAUACGUUAUUUUGCAAUGCCAUUUGGUUGUUCGGGACAAGAGCGCUAUGUAAUUAUAAAUAAACAAAACUGUUAAAUUUAUUUUAACGACAGGCUAGUAUUAGUGUGUAUGGUCAUAAUAUUAAUGUUUGGCAGUAAAAGUUAAAAAGUGUCAGACUCUUACUUUUAUGACACAAGCACAAUUGGAAAAGUGACACAUUUAGAAAUUAUUUUUGGAAUGCAUUGAGUACACAAUAUCCGUGCAUUUCAUAAUACAAUAAUUUGUCCAUUUCAAGCACAGUCUACUCUUCUCUGAUUGGGAACUUCCUGUCCAUAAGCUGACCAAUCACAGCUCUGCGGUCCGUGUCGACACAAGCGUAGAAUUUUUGUGAAACUAAUUCAAAACCACGUGGAGCAGGGGUGUCCAAAGUGCGGCCCGGGGGGCAUUUGUGGCCUGCAGCUAAUUGUUUGGUGGCUCGCCACACAUUCUGGAAAUGCUAUUGCAAAAAUAAAAAAUAAAAACACUAAAAGUAGAAUGAGGUGAAAUCUAAUCGGGAAAAGCUGCAAUGUUGACACA